GCCCGUCGCGGUGCGUUUGCGUCAUCGCGCCACGCCACCACCGGAGCCCGGGCGAAGAUGGCGGCAGCCGUUCUGAGCGGGCCCUCGGCGGGCUCCGCGGCCGGGGCGCCCGGCGGGGCCGGGGGUCUGUCGGCGGUGGGCUCGGGCCCGCGCCUCCGCCUGCUGCUGCUAGAGAGCGUGUCCGGGUUGCUGCAGCCGCGCGCGGGGAGCGCCGUGGCGCCCGUGCAUCCCCCGGUGCGCUCGGCCCCGCACUUGCCCGGGCUCAUGUGCCUCCUGCGGCUGCAUGGGACGGUGGGCGGGGCCCAGAACCUGUCAGCCGUCGGGGCGUUGGUGGGUCUCAGUAAUGCACGGCUCGGUUCCAUCAAAACCCGGUUUGAGGGCCUGUGUCUGCUGUCCCUGCUGGUGGGGGAGAGCCCCACGGAGAUGUUCCAGCAGCACUGCGUGUCCUGGCUCCGGAGCAUUCAGCAGGUCCUGCAGUCCCAGGACCCGCCCCCCACGAUGGAGCUGGCUGUGGCCGUCCUGAGGGACCUGCUCCGCUACGCGGCCCAGCUGCCCACGCUCUUCCGGGACAUCUCCAUGAACCACCUCCCCGGCCUCCUCACCUCCCUGCUGGGCCUCAGGCCGGAGUGUGAGCUCUCAGCGCUGGAGGGAAUGAAGGCCUGCAUGACCUACUUUCCUCGGGCCUGUGGGUCUCUUAAAGGCAAGCUGGCCUCGUUUUUCCUGUCCCGGGUGGAUGCCCUGAGCCCUCAGCUCCAGCAGCUGGCCUGCGAGUGUUACUCCCGGCUGCCGUCGCUGGGGGCCGGCUUCUCCCAGGGCCUGAAGCACACGGAGAGCUGGCAGCAGGAGUUGCGUAGUCUGCUGGCCUCCCUGCACAGCCUGCUGGGGGCCCUGUACGAGGGCGCAGAGACGGCCCCCGUGCAGUAUGAGGGCCCCGGGGUGGAGGUGCUGCUCACGCCCUCGGAGGACGGGGACGCACACGCCCUCCUCCGGCUCCGACAGCGCUUCUGUGGACUGGCCCGCUGUCUGGGGCUCAUGCUCAGCUCUGAGUUUGGGGCUCCCGUGUCCGUCCCUGUGCAGGAAAUCCUGGACGUCAUCUGCCGGACGCUCAGCAUCAGCGCGAAGAACAUCAGCUUGCUCGGAGACGGUCCCCUGCGGCUGCUGCUUCUCCCCUCCAUCCACCUGGACGCCUUGGACCUGCUCUCUGCACUCAUCCUCGCGUGUGGAGGCCGCCUCUUGCGCUUCGGGGGCCUGGUUAGCCGCCUGCUUCCCCAGGUCCUCAAUGCCUGGAACAUGGGUAGGGAUACCCUCUCUCCAGGCCAGGAGAGGCCUUACAGCACCGUGCGGACCAAGGUGUACGCCGUGCUGGAGCUGUGGGUGCAGGUGUGUGGGGCCUCGGCGGGAGUGCUGCAGGGGGGCGCCUCGGGAGAGGCCCUGCUCUCCCACCUGCUCAGUGACAUCGCCCCGCCGGCGGACGCUCUGAAGCUGCGCAGCCCGCGGGGGAGCCCGGACGGGGGGCUGCAGAGCGGGAAGCCGAGCGCUCCCAAGAAGCUGAAGCUGGAUCUGGGGGAGGCCAUGGCCCCGCCCAGCCACCGGAAGGGGGACAGCAACGCCAACAGUGACGUGUGCGCGGCCGCGCUGAGAGGCCUCAGCCGGACCGUCCUCAUGUGCGGGCCCCUCAUCAAGGAGGAGACUCACAGGAGACUGCACGACCUGGUCGUGCCCCUGGUCAUGGGGCUGCAGCGGGGCGAGACCCUGGGCAGCUCCCCGUACACCAGCUCCCGCUGCCGCCGGGAGCUGUACCGCCUGCUGCUGGCCCUGCUGCUGGCGCCCUCCCCCCGCUGCCCGCCCCCGCUCGCCUGCGCCCUGCACGCCUUCUCCCUCGGCCAGCGGGAGGACAGCCUCGAGGUGUCGUCCUUCUGCUCGGAAGCACUGGUGGUCUGCGCUGCCCUGACCCACCCCCGGGUUCCUCCCCUGCAGCCCGCCGGCCCCCCCUGCCCCACGCCUGCCCCCGUUCCCCCUCCUGAGGCCCCGUCUCCAUUCAGGGCCCCCCCCUUCCAUCCCCCGGCGGGCCCCCUGCCCCCGGCGCGGCCCGGACCUCCAGCCACAGCCAACCACUUAGGCCUCUCUGUGCCAGGCCUGGUGUCCGUACCCCCCCGGCUCCUUCCCGGCCCUGAGAACCACCGGGCAGGCUCAAAUGAGGACCCCGUCCUCGCCCCUAGUGGCACCCCUCCGCCCGCUCUGCCCCCGGAUGAAACUUUUGGGGGCAGAGUGCCCAGACCGGCCUUCGUCCACUACGAUAAGGAGGAGGCGUCCGACGUGGAGAUCUCCUUGGAGAGCGACUCAGAUGACAGCGUGGUGAUCGUGCCCGAGGGUCUACCGCCCCUGCCGCCCCCGCCUCCCUCGGGCACCACACCGCCACCUGUGGCUCCAGCCGGGCCACCCACGGCCUCCCCUCCUGUGCCAGCCAAGGAGGAGCCCGAAGAGCUUCCCGCGGCCCCGGGGCCUCUCCCACCCCCGCCGCCCCCCCCUGUGCCGGGCCCCGUGGCGCUGCCGCCCCCCCAGCUGGUCCCUGAAGGGACUCCUGGGGGCGGAGGCCCGCCCACCCUGGAGGAAGACCUGACGGUUAUUAACAUCAACAGCAGUGAUGAGGAGGAGGAGGAAGAGGAGGAGGAAGAAGAGGAGGAAGAGGAGGAGGAGGAGGAGGAGGAAGAUUUUGAAGAAGAAGAGGAGGAUGAAGAGGAGUAUUUUGAGGAGGAAGAAGAGGAGGAAGAGUUUGAGGAGGAGUUUGAGGAAGAGGAAGGGGAGCUGGAGGAGGAGGAGGAUGAGGAGGAUGAGGAGGACGAGGAGGAGUUGGAAGAGCUGGAGGAGGCCGAGUUCGGCCCGGCAGGAGGGCCGGCAGAAGAAGGGGGGCCUGCGCCCCCGAGCCCGGCCCCGGCUCUGCCCCCUGCCCAGUCCCCGACGGUGCAGCCCGAGCCCGAAGGGGAGCCCGGGCUGCUGCUGGAGGUGGAGGAGCCGGGGGCCGAGGAGGAGCCGGGGGCCCAGGCCGCCCCCACGCUGGCCCCCGAGGUGCUGCCCUCCCAGGGGGAGGGGCCGCGGGCCACAGGGAGCCCCCCAGCCGGGCCACCCCCCCAGGAGCUUGUGGAGGAGGAGCCCUUGGCUCCCCCGACCCUGCUGGAGGAGGGGACUGAGAGUGGGGGUGACAGGGUGCCGCCCCUCCCAGAGACACCUGCCGCAGAAGACGGGGAGGCCGAGGCGGAGGCCGAGACGGCAGCCCUCCAGGAGAAGGAGCAGGAUGACACGGCUGCCAUGCUGGCUGACUUCAUCGAUUGUCCCCCUGAUGAUGAGAAGCCACCGCCGGCCCCAGAGCCUGAUUCCUAGUCCUCUCUUGCACUCCCCCAGCCCCCUGCUUUCCAAUAAAGUUAUGUCCUGGG